AUGAUGCCGCAGGCGGCGACCGCGGAGCACCGCGGGGACGGCGUCGACCGGCGUAACGCCCACCACGAGCGAUCGGCCCGCGAGAGGAGCGAGCGCGAGGCGGGAAUGAGGGCGUUCGAGCCGCCGCCGGACGAGGAGGGGGCGGUGGAGCACCUGAGCGCGUCUGUCGUGCUCGCGGCGGUGGAGGAGAGCGGGCCCAACUACCUGCUGCCGAAGGCGCCGGAGCCGGUCAAGUCGCGCCGGAAGCGGCUCAUGGUGGACGAGGCAGCAAGGCAGGCGGGUCAGGCGAUCCUCGAGACGGGCACGCGAGUCGAGAUCUUCGCGGAGGAUUCGGGGGAGGAGAGGUGGUGGCCGGGGACCAUCAUGGAGCGGACGGAGGACACCGACGGCCGGCUCGUGCACCGCGUCCAGUACACCAACUUCGAGGGCGACCGGUACUGGCACGUGCUCGACGACGAGCAGUGGCGCAGGGUGGCGGACACGGGGCCAGAGCUAGAGCACGCCCGCGCUGGCGCUGGCGACGCGGCACUCCGCGACGGCGCGAGCUUGGCGGCCUCCAGACCAACAAGGUGGGACAACGCCCGGGGGGAGACGGCCGGCGGGGCGAGCGAGACGACCGGCGGGGCGGGCUCCGCCGAGACGACCGGCCAGGCGGGCUCCGCCCCUGACCUCAACUGGCCGGGGCGGAGGAGGGCGCGACGCGACGCCGCCAUGGAGCUGCUUCGCACGCGGGACGAGGCCGAGCAGCGCGAGGCCAGGCGGCCCGACGACGCGCCCAUGCUGUCGCAGCACAGCGCCACGCUGUCGCGUCAGCUCGUGAUCGUGCGCCGCCGUCUGAGGGAGUACCUCGCAGACCUGGCGGAGGACAGCCUGUCGGUGCCGAUGCAGCGCACUUCCCGCGGCCUUCACCCGACCAUGCGGUGGACGGUCGAGUUCGGCAAGUGGCUGGCCACGACGCGGAUCGUCGAGUCGAGGGCGUAUAGCUGGCACCUGGCCGAGGAGCAGUCGGCGGGACAGGCGGAGGCGACGGCGCGCAGCGGCCGGGGGUCGAACACGGUGUACGUCGCACUGCAGCACAUGAAGAACCACGUCUGGCGCGAGCUGUGGCCCGCGAUGCCGGCCGACGCGAGGCAGUACUGGCACUGGGUGACGCGGCGCGUGAUGGGGAUCUUCGACGGCGGCGGCGGCGGGAUGCGACAGGAAGCAGAGAAGGCUGGGAGAGGAGCGGGACAGGCGGCGGCGCAGGCAAGCGUCGCGCGAGGCGAGGGCGUGGAGCAGCAGCAGGCGGCGAGCGCGAAGGCGAGCGCGGACAUGACCCGGCAGGUGGAAGCGAAGCUGCGCGCGGGGACGACCCGCCCGUGCACGAAGCAGCACCUGUUCCAGGCGGGGGAGUACCUGCUGCAGGACGCGCACCUCUCCGAGCCAUUCGAGGUGAACGUGGCCUUCAUCAUGAGCGCGUACGUGUGCCUCGCGAGGCAGACCGGCUGCCGGCCCGGGAUGACGAUGAACGACGUGAACGACCUCGCGAACACUACCAGUCACUGGCACGAGGUACCGCCGCUUCGGAUGAGCGACUUGCGGAUCGACAUGGACAACGAGCUGGGCGGCGCGCUGACCGAGGGCGCGUUCCGGGCGCUCUGCAGGAUGCAGGUGACGUUCAAGCGGAAGAAGGGCGAGUACUUCGCACACUACGCGUUCGGCACCUCGAUCACCCCCGACUCAGAUCAGAUGCUGCGGAUCGGGACCCUGGCGCUGCUCCGCCUGCUGUUGAGGUGCGGGAGCUUCCGCGGGUGCUAUGCGCGGCUGAGCCGCGCCGACGCCGCGGCGCUGCGGAAGAAGGUGGCAGACCCACGCGGAUUCGCCGGCCUCGAGCUCGAGGACACAGGCCACGAGAGCUUCCUCUCGCUGGUGCGUGCGUGCCGCGAGGACGGCUGGGUGCUGGACGAGGCGGCGCUGAGCCGGCCGCUCUUCCCGGCGGUGGACACCGCGACCGGGCGGUUCUUGUUCACAGAGAGCUUCCAGGUGAAGACGGUCUGCGACCUGCUGAUCCAGACGGGCGUUUCGCUCGGCAUGAACAGGCACCAGGUGGGCGCGUGGUCGCUCCGGAAGGACGCGUGCGAGCAGCCGGUCGCGGCGGGCGAGGGCGAGGUGGGUGCGAGGGUGCUGGGGCACCGGCACGUGAACUCGAGGACGAUGGACCUUGUCUACCGCGCGGACCUGCGGACACGCGAUCUCGGCGCGUACUGGGCGAGGCGGGGCCCGAUCGAGAGCGUCGAGCGGGCGCCGCUGGACUCGCUCUCCGCGUCGCGGGUGCCUGAGGCGAGCGGGGUGCGCGGCGUGUGUGACCUGCCGGCGGGCUGCUCCGAGCGCGCCGAGAUGGAGGGUUGUGCUGAGGUGUCGGAGGCGGAGGCGGAGCUGGACGCGGCCCGGCGCAGCCUGCUGGUGCUGCUCUCCGUCUCGACGCUGCCACGUCACUUCAAGGUGAUGGCGCGCGCGGCCGGUCACGCGGCUUGCGCCACGUCGUAUGAGGCGGCAGCGCUGCGAGUGCGUAACCGCCGGAACAAGGCGCGGCAGCGCGCGGUCGAUGCGUACCGGCUGCGCCUGUACAAAGAGGGCCAGGAGCGGCUGCGCACCUCUCCGGCGCUGCGGCGCGCGAUGAUGUGCACGCACGAAUGGGCCCCGCGAGGCGAAGACGAGGCGGUCGCGUUCGGGCUCGACCGCCGCGAUCGCACGUUCGAGCUGCGUGCGCUGCGCGAGCUUCCCGCGCCUCUGCAGGGCUCCAUCCUGCGAGCGGGCGCACUGCACGUGCUGCCCAGGGGACGCACGCGGCGCACGGCGUACGAGCACGUCCGCGAGCGCUGCGUCGGCCUAUGCUCACUGGAGUGCGGCUCGGACGGGUGCGUGGGAAGUGGGCUGGAGAUGCACUGGCCCGACUCGCCCGAGGAGUUCGAGGAGCUGCGCUGCGAGCACUGCGGCGCCGCGCAGGUGCGGAUGCGAUGGCGGCGGGAGGGGGGGGGCGCGGGUGCGGCCACGCUGGUCGCUGGGGAGCCGAUGGCGGCGGGCGCGACGCAGGCUCUUGGCGCGAGCGACGCGGAAUCGUACGGCGUGUGGUACGCGCUACGCGGCCGCGCGACGAUCGGCAACGCGGCCUACGAUGCCGGGGCGGCUGCGACGGUGGCGCCGAGUGCGACGACGGACAGCACGGACGCGGCAUCCGACGAGCGGGAGCGGACGGGCGGGCGCGCGGAGAUCGGGGGCGACGAGGAGGAGGAGGCGACGGGCCUGCACCCAGAGGACUGGAUCGAUGCGGAAGAGGCAGCGGCAGCGCUCGAAGCGCUGGCCGAGGUGGACACGCUGGAUCUGGCCCAGGCGCUGCACGCCGGCGCGGCCACGGGGGGUGGUGCCUCCGACGGCGGCUCCCUGCCUCGCCGGGUGCUGCGAAGCGGCGCGCACCGGCAGCAGCACGGUGGCGACGGCGGCGGCUCGCAGACAGAGGACCUAUCGUUUGAGGACGUCGUGCACCUGUGGGGAACGCCGAGCUCGCAGGCAGCGUCUCGGGCAAACGCGGGCGCGAGGCGCGCCUGA